CAUCGCCAGGGGCAAGGCAAGAUGGCGGCGUCCGUGAGCGAGUUGAUGCGGGAGAUCGCCGAGCUGGACGAGCCGCUGGUCGAGCUGCACAGCCUGAAGACUGCCGUCAAUACGGUGCCUCUGAACGCGCUGAGGGAAGUGGCGACGGGCCUGUGCUUUGGGGUGUUGUUCAACCUGCUGGAGACCGAUGACAGGGAACAAAUUGAUGUAUGUGUGGACAUUCUCGAGCGACUUCUGCAGGCUUUGGAACCAAUCUACCUGGCUCAAACCUACAAGCUGGAACUGCAGAAGGGACUGCAGCAUUCUGAUGACCGUGUUAAAGUCUUGGCACUGACACAAAUUGGACGGAUUGCUGAGAGCAUAGAUGCGGUUGUGUUGGUUCUUGGUUCUCUUGAGUUGCUUAAAGAGAUGAUCCAUUGUAUUGGUGGCGAGAGAAUAUCUGUUGCAAAUGAGGCAAUCAAAUCCCUUUCGAGAAUUGCUCAGAAUAAGGCGGGACUUGAUGCAUUAUUUACAACCAGCAUAUUACAGGAUUUAAAAGAUGUAAUGGGCAUCAAUGAUGUAGUACGAUACAGAGUCUAUGAGUUAGUGCUGGGGAUCGCGGUUAUGUCGCCUGCCUCGCUGGAGUAUUGUGUUAACGGUAGUUUUAUAACUCGGCUGCUUGGUGAACUUGCAGGGGACGACGUUCUCAUCAGAGCCACUGCUAUCGAGAUGCUCACCACUCUUACUCAAAGUCAGCAUGGACGACUGUACCUGGCUCACCAAGGCAUCAUCGAUAGAAUCUCAAACAUGAUUAUUGGUGCAAAUUCCGAUCCCUUCUCCAGCUUUUACUUACCAAAUCUGGUGAAAUUUUUUGGAAACUUAGCAAUGGUUGACAGUGCUCAACAGAUCUGUGAACGUUAUCCUGCCUUUAUCGAAAAGGUGUUUGAGAUGAUUAAAGGACACGAGCAGACCAUGAUUGGAGUUGGCUUAGAUACCAUUGGAAUGCUUGGAUCAUGUCUUGAAGGAAAACAAGUUCUAAAUAAAACAGGUACUGCAUUCCAAGAUGUUUUGAGAAGGCUGGGUUCUAUUUCGUGUAAUGCUUCCACGGAUCUACGCAUUCGUUGUCUUGAAACCAUUGCUUGUCUCCAUUCCUUGCCGACCGAUCAGCAAACCGAAGAUCUUUUAGGAAUGACUGAAUCCUGGUUCCACGCCCUGCACAUCCACCCGAUGGAAACAUUCCGCAGUCUGAGUACGCAACCCUUCCCAGAAAUCCACAUUGGAGCACUGAAAGUUUUCACUGCAAUUGCUGGCCAGCCUUGGGGUCAGAGACUGAUGAUCAGUACACCGGGAUUUGUGGAAUACAUUGUUGACCGGAUGACAGAAGCCGACAAAAGCUCAAAGGAUGCCAAAUUCGAACUGGUAAAGGCCCUUAUAAAUACUAAGACAAUAACUGAGAUCUUUGGAAACCAACAUUACCUGCAGCUGCGAACAUACCUGCAGGAAGGCCCUUACUUUGUGAAGGCAGUGGCAACAGUGGCCGUGGAAGGCGGAGAGUAGCAUCCUUAUCCUGCUCAUUGAAGAAUAUUUCUUGAAAUUAAUUGUUAAAUUCUUUUUAAGGGACAUGUAAGGGACAAUUAAGGGGAGUUUUCCAUCUCUUCAAACAUAUUUUCCAUUCCUUCAAACAAACCAUGAAUAAGAUCCGCAACGUCUGUCAUUUUGGGAUAUUGGGCCAGAGUUAUAUAUUUAUCAUAGUGUCCAUCUGAUGUGUUUCCAGCUGUAUAUUUAUUAAAAAUGAACUUUUGCAAUUGAUAAAGUGAAAUCUGGACUUCUUUCACUUUGAUGCCAAUGCAAGAUUUUAAGUAUCUAAGCUGGAAUUCCCUAUGUAAGCACAUUUAUUGCACAUGUAUCAACAGACCAGGGAGGCAAUUAUCACUGGUUCAAUGAUUUAGCUCAUCACUACCACCAAAGUAUUUUGUGAUGGUGCAUAAUGUGGCCUUGUCCACAUCCUGUGAUUGAUUAAAAUGUACCCACAUUUGUUCCACAUCCCUCUAAACUGUUCCUAUCCAUGUACCUGAUCAAAUAUCUUCAAUAUGUUAUUAUCGUGUAUCUGCAAGUGCCGGCUUAUGUUGCCUCAAUACAACCAAUCGAAAGGGGAGAAAAUAAUGCAAUAUUUUAAAAAUGUGUAUCUGGAAGAGAGAUUUGAUGUGCAGUUUUUAGAAAUUAUCAUUAGAAGUUUCCAAUGAGCCCACUUUGAUGUAUGUGGGCACAAGAAACUGCAGAUGCUGGAAUUUUGAGCAAAUCACAAAGUGCUGGAGGAAUUCAGCGGGUCAGGCAGCAUCGGGGGAGGGAGUAGACAGAUGAUGUUUUAGGCCGGGUCCACUCUUCAGAAACUGUGUCCACUGUGUAUGUAUGCUGGGUCAAAGACACUUUGCUAGAUUGAUGGCAACGUGACAUUGUAAGUUGUAUUAAUGUCCACACCGCAUCUGUUAAUGAAGAUCUCACUGACUGUGAAGUGUACAAAUAAAGUUGUCAGUAAAUUGA